AUGGCGUCCAAAAAUACCACGUGCCUACCCCCUAUGAAGGCUACAUCAGAAGGGGUAUUCCAAGGAAACAACCCGCUCCAUUAUGCGCUUCCUCUCGUAAUUCUUCAGAUUUGCCUGGUUCUGGUGCUCACUCGUGUUCUUGCCUACCUUCUUAAGCCGUUAAGGCAGCCUCGAGUCAUUGCUGAGAUCAUCGGUGGGGUUUUACUGGGUCCAUCGGCUCUAGGCCGUAAUACGGACUACCUUCAUGCGGUGUUUCCGGCGAGGAGCCUGCCGGUGUUGGACACGUUAGCGAACCUCGGGCUUCUGUUCUUUCUCUUCCUCGUUGGACUUGAGCUCGACUUAAAGUCUCUUCGGCGAACCGGGAAGAAAGCGCUGGCGAUAGCUGUUGCAGGGAUCUCGCUUCCCUUCAUCUUAGGAACCGGUGUUUCCUUUAUCCUCCGUGGGACCAUCGCGAAAGGCGUCAGCCAAGGCCCGUUUAUUGUUUUUAUGGGGGUUGCAAUGUCCAUCACGGCUUUCCCAGUGCUAGCUCGGAUUCUAGCUGAACUCAAGCUUCUGACCACCGAUGUCGGUAAAAUGGCCAUGUCAGCAGCUGCUGUUAAUGACGUGGCGGCGUGGGUCCUACUUGCUCUUGCCGUCGCGCUUUCUGGCACCGGCCGUUCACCGCUUGUUGCACUGUGGGUUUUCUUAUCGGGUUCGGCUUUCAUUGUUCUAUGUUCGUUUGCCGUCCCGCCUAUUUUCAAGUGGAUGUCUCAACGGUGCCCUGAUGGCGAGCCGGUCGACGAGCUCUAUGUUUGUGCCACUCUCGGCAUGGUUUUGGCUGCUGGGUUUGUGACGGAUACCAUCGGGAUUCACGCGCUUUUUGGGGCUUUCGUGGUGGGGGUUCUCAUCCCGAAAGAAGGAGCUUUUGCGGGGGCAUUGGUCGAAAAAGUCGAAGAUCUCGUUUCCGGCCUAUUCCUACCGCUUUACUUUGUGUCGAGCGGUUUAAAGACCAAUGUUGCUUCGAUCAAAGGGCUUCAGUCGUGGGGCUUACUUGUUUUGGUCAUAUUCACAGCCUGUUUCGGGAAGAUUGCUGGCACAGUUGGGGUUACGAUGCUGUGUAAAGUUCCGUUCUCGGAAGCGCUUGCCCUCGGUCUUUUGAUGAACACGAAAGGAUUGGUUGAACUUAUCGUUCUCAAUAUCGGAAAGGAUCGUGGGGUGUUAAACGACCAAACGUUUGCGAUAUUGGUUCUGAUGGCACUUGUCACGACAUUUAUCACGACGCCUUCGGUUGUUGCGGUGUAUAAGCCGGCGAAAGCCCCUGCAAAAUCGGAAUAUAAACACCGAACGGUGUACAGGAAAGGAUCCUCCACGAGUCCGUUCCGAAUGUUCUUCACUUUCCACGGUAUUAGAAACCUACCAACAAUGAUCAAUCUCAUCGAGGCCUCACGUGGAACUGGGAAGAAGGAGACACUUACGGUCCAUGCGAUGCACCUCAUGGAGCUCACAGAGAGGUCUUCGGCUAUACUCAUGGUUCACAAGGCCAGGAAAAACGGGCUCCCGUUCUGGAGGAAAGAUCCUAAUGCGGACUCCGACCAGAUGGUGGUGGCUUUCGAGACGUUCCAGCAGCUGAGCAAAGUAACGAUCCGACCGACAACCGCCAUUUCCGCCAUAUCGAGCAUGCACGAAGAUAUCUGUAAUGGGGCUGAGAGCAAGAAGGCCGCCAUGAUCAUCCUCCCAUUUCACAAGCACCAGCGGCUCGACGGUCUGCUCGAGACCACUCGAGCCGAAUACAGGCACGUUAAUCGCAAGGUUUUGGAGCAUGCACCGUGUUCGGUCAGUAUCUUGGUAGACCGUGGUCUCGGAGGGAGCUCGCACGUGUCCGCAAGUAACGUAGACUCUCUCAUUACGGUUCUGUUCUUUGGUGGUCAUGACGACCACGAGGCUUUAGCAUAUGGAGCCCGUAUGGCCGAGCACCCCGGAAUCAACCUAGUCGUGGUCCGAUUUAUUCUCGACGGUAACGUCAAGUCGGGUUCAGUGAGUGUCGAGAUUGACGAACCCGGCACCAUCGAAGCUCGGUCAAUGGACGACGACGUGAUCGAGGAAUUCAAGGAGAAACUCAUGAAGGACGGCACGAACAAAUACAUCGAGAGGGUGGUCCGUGACGCUUACGAGGCAAUUGAGAUUAUUCGUGAACAUAGCCGAUGCAACAUGAUUUUGGUCGGAAGGAUGCCGGAAGGCGAGCUGGUGGCGUCGAUGAGACGGAAAAGCGAGUGCCCCGAGAUGGGACCGGUCGGAAAUUUGUUGAUAUCCGGGAAGAUCAUGACGACGGCAUCGGUGUUGGUGGUCCAACAGUACCAUACUCAGCUUUCGAUGCAUUCUCUGGCAUCUUUGAAGGAGGAUGAAACCACUGACCAAGGGGAUCUUUCUUCAUCUGAUAAUCAUGAAGGAAAUAGUAAAUACUACAAACCAUGCAAACGCCUAGUCUUGUAUUUCCAUGAUAUUCUUUACAAUGGCAAGAAUGCAGCCAAUGCAACAUCAGCUAUUGUGGGUGCUCCCCAAUGGGGCAACCUGACAAAUUUGGCUGACCAGUCUCAUUUUGGGGAUGUGGUGGUUAUGGAUGACCCUAUUACUUUAGAUAAUAAUCUUCAUUCCCCUCCGGUUGGUCGAGCUCAGGGUCUAUACUUGUAUGAUGUCAAGACAGUAUGGACAGCAUGGUUCGCGUUUUCGUUCAUUCUUAAUACUACGGAUUAUCAUGGAAACUUUCAUUUGAUUGGGGUAAACCCGUCCUCGCAGAAGACUCGAGAUUUAUCAGUUGUUGGUGGGACUGGGGACUUCUUUAUGCACAGAGGCAUUGCAACUCUUUCGGUUGAUUCGGUUGAAGGUGAAGUGUACUUUAGGCUUCGUGUUGACAUAAAGUUCUACGAGUGUUGGUAA